UGAAAAUGUCAGAAGUCAGAAGUGACCGUUAAAUACUGUCGUUAUUUUCUAUGUUCGUUAUUUUACAACUACAUUACUAUAUAUUUAUAUUAAUCUGCUGUUGGUUUUAUCCUGUCUUUGAAGAAAUAAUUUAUUGUCGGUUUUAUUUUAAAUACAAUGGAUGUCAGUACGUCUUCGUUAUGUAAACUAAAGGAUUUAGAAAUGGACAUAAUAAAAGAUGUCCCUUGGGCACAAAAUAUGUGGAAAACACUGCAAAUGGGGUUACAAAAAUCUUUUUUGAACUGGGUGGAAGUUGUACUUACCAUGAGCCAGAACGAGGAAGAUGUUACUGUAUGGAAAGAUUCAUACAUUCGUCAUUUUGAAGAUAGAUGUUCUGAAAUGGUGACAGACAUUAACGACCUACAUGAACAAGUCAUCGAAAACAUUGAGAGGUAUUUAAAUAAAAUACAAGUUUUGUGUAAGAUGUUGCAGAUUGAAAUGCCAGUCAUUGGAAAACAAAAGUUGGGUCUUUACCAAGAACAACUAAAAUUAAAGAAACAAAUUAUGGAAUUGGAACAGAUGGUUAAGGCAAGACAAUCGACCUUAGAUCAAUUAAGAAACAAACAGUUGGAACUUAGCAAAGCUUUGGGAAAAGCUCCCCGCCUUCUAAAUGAUCAUCAUCUACCCUCUCCACAAGAAAUCCUUGAGUUUCAAAAGCAUGUUGAAGAAUUAGAACAAGAAAAAUUUGACAGAUUGGAAAAGUACACAACUCUAAAGGAAGAGUUGUUAGAUAUUGUUAAAGAGCUGGAAUAUAUGCCAUCAACAAAUUUUGAAAAUGAAGUUAUCAAUGGAGUUGAGCGGAACUUUAUGGUAACUGAGGAAAAUAUUGAAAAGCUUGAAACGUUUCAUGACAACAUGACAAAAACUUUAAAAGAUACAAAAGAGGAAAUAGGCCAAUUAAGAAACAGAAUUGAAGAUUUGUGGACUCUGCUAGAUAUUGAUUUUAUGGAAAGGGAAGAAAUUCGUAAAAAAUACACAGGGUAUUCACUAACAACUCUGGAAUCUUUAAGGCUGGAAUUACAGAAAUACGAAUUGUUAAAGCGGGCCAAUAUUAAGGUUUUUGUUGAAAAAUUGCGCCAAGAACUGCAAUCGCUUUGGGAACGUUGUCACUGUUCUGAAUCCGUUAAGAAUGAAUUUUUGUUCUUUAAUUCUGAUACUUAUACUGAAGAUCUUCUACAACUUCAUGAAGUACAACUGAAAAAAUGGCAGAUUUAUGCAGAAGAAAAUAAAGAAAUAAUAGCUGCUCUAAACAAACAUCGAACUCUUUGGGAAAAGCUAAUAGACCUGGAACAAAGUGCAGCUGGGCCUGGUCGUUUCAAUAAUCGAGGUGGGAAGCUAUUGCUGGAAGAGAAGGAAAGAAACCUCCUGUCAAAGAAAAUUCCCAUACUGGAAACGAACCUAAUGGAAUUAGGAUAUCGAUAUGAAGCUAGACAUGGGGUACCAUUCCUGACGUUUGGAGAAACUAUUGAGGAAUACAUAAAUAAUUUACAUUCUACCAGAGAAUGUGCAAAAAAGUUGAAAUUAAGUGCAAGAAAACAACAAAAAGAAACGACUGUGUACACACCGGUACCCAAUACUAAUGCCACGAGUUCCAAAAGAGUUUUGAUGGGAGCGUCAUGUACUGAUGCAAAAAAGUUUAAAGAAACCCCUCGAAAAGUUUACACGGAACCAAAAAGAAAACCACGUGCAAUAAAUACACCAAGUAUUGCUGUUGGGGCUUUAAGCAGAUCUAAGAGGCUAUCUACGGAAAGAAGAAAGAGAAUAGAAAAAAUACGGCGACUAAGCAGACAAAAGGAGAACCACCAAUUUAAUGCCACAUAUAUAGAGUUUGAGAAUAACGUUAACAGCAGAGUAGAGUUGCGCAGCACAUUGAAUGCCGCUGAGAUCGCCAACAACGGUUUAACCGUAGAUGGAGUUUUAUCUAACAUCAACACUCCGAAAAAAACUGUAACAAAAAGUCUUUUUAAGACGCCAACCAGAACAGCAAAGUCGCCGAUGAGUUCAGCGAAGUCGCCCAAUACAACUUCAAAACUGACAGCAGCAAAGAGUCAAUUGAAGCUAAUAUUUUAGAUUUGUUCUCAAGAACAUUUCUGUUAGUGUAGUAGUGUACAUAGAAACAAAUAUUUUUAACUGUUAUAGUCCUGGUGUCUGUUUAUUCAUAAUUAGCGUUUAUUUUUUUUAACUUAACACGUGUAGCUUAACUGUUUUUUGAGAUUGGAAAAAUGGAAGUAACUAACUAACUCUUAAUUCUAUUACCAUUUGACUUUUAUAAAAGGACUUGCCUUGAUAUUGGCAUUGAUAGUUUUUAAAGUUUGACACAUUUAUCUUACUGUUUUUCGAGAUUUGCAAAGAUGAAAAUCACCAUAUCUGUUUUUCCUUUUUUUACGGAGGACUCAGCCUUGUAUACAUCCAUUUCCUUUCAUGUACACUCUAGAAUUUCUAAACCAAGAUCCUUAUUCAGGUAUUAGGGUCAAGAUGUAUCAUUAGUGAUCCUCUAUAGCUCACACUUUGGCCUUUUAUAGUCUCUAGCUUCAUUUAGCUAAAUUUGCUUUAAAAAUUGAAGUAAAUGAAAUUUCUCUAAGUUUUCUUACGUAGUAAAUGCUAUGUCUAUGUGUAUGUUUAUAUCUAAUAUUCUUUAAAAGAUUUGGCAAAUAAUGUACUUACGUUCAAACUUUUAGUGGUGUUAAAAUAUGUUAUCCAG